GGCGGGGGCGGCGCGGGGGGCGGCGGGGGCGGCAUGCAGCCCGGCAGCGCCGCCGUGACCUCGGGCGCCUACCGUGGGGACCCGUCCUCCGUCAAGAUGGUCCAGAGCGACUUCAUGCAGGGGGCCAUGGCCGCCAGCAACGGCGGCCAUAUGCUGAGCCACGCGCACCAGUGGGUCACGGCCCUGCCCCACGCCGCCGCCGCCGCCGCCGCCGCCGCCGCUGCCGCCGUGGAGGCGAGCUCGCCGUGGUCUGGCAGCGCCGUGGGCAUGGCCGGCAGUCCCCAGCAGCCGCCGCAGCCGCCGCCGCCGCCGCCACCGCAGGGCCCCGACGUGAAGGGCGGCGCCGGCCGCGACGACCUGCACGCGGGCACCGCGCUGCACCACCGCGGGCCGCCGCACCUCGGGCCCCCGCCGCCACCCCCGCACCAGGGCCACCCGGGGGGCUGGGGGGCUGCCGCCGCCGCAGCCGCCGCCGCCGCAGCCGCCGCCGCCGCUGCCCACCUCCCGUCCAUGGCGGGGGGCCAGCAGCCCCCGCCGCAGAGUCUGCUCUACUCGCAGCCCGGAGGCUUCACGGUGAACGGCAUGCUGAGCGCGCCCCCGGGGCCGGGCGGCGGCGGCGGCGGCGCGGGCGGCGGCGCCCAGAGCCUGGUGCACCCGGGGCUGGUGCGCGGGGACACGCCCGAGCUGGCCGAGCACCACCACCACCACCACCACCACGCGCACCCGCACCCGCCGCACCCGCACCACGCGCAGGGCCCUCCACACCACGGCGGCGGCGGCGCGGGGCCCGGACUCAACAGCCACGACCCGCACUCGGACGAGGACACGCCGACGUCGGACGACCUGGAGCAGUUCGCCAAGCAGUUCAAGCAGCGGCGCAUCAAACUCGGCUUCACGCAGGCCGACGUGGGGCUGGCGCUGGGCACGCUGUAUGGCAACGUGUUCUCUCAGACCACCAUCUGCCGCUUCGAGGCCCUGCAGCUGAGCUUCAAGAACAUGUGCAAGCUCAAGCCUCUGCUGAACAAGUGGCUGGAGGAGGCGGACUCGAGCACCGGCAGCCCCACGAGCAUCGACAAGAUCGCGGCGCAGGGCCGCAAGCGCAAGAAGCGGACCUCCAUCGAGGUGAGCGUCAAGGGCGCGCUCGAGAGCCACUUCCUCAAGUGCCCCAAGCCCUCUGCGCAGGAGAUCACCAACCUGGCCGACAGCCUGCAGCUCGAGAAGGAGGUGGUGCGGGUCUGGUUCUGCAACCGGCGCCAGAAGGAGAAGCGCAUGACGCCGCCCGGGAUCCAACAGCAGACGCCCGACGACGUCUACUCGCAGGUGGGCACCGUGAGCGCCGACACGCCACCUCCGCACCACGGGCUGCAGACGAGCGUGCAGUGAAGGCAAGGGCCGCAGCGCGAAGAGGGCCGCCGCCGCCGCCAGCACCGCCCCCGCCGCCGCCGC